ACCGUCGGAAACACAGAAAGAAGCGAAGGUUACACGCAACAGAAGAGAGGUUUUUGGAAACGGAAGUGCUCGGUUCUUUUGAUCAGAAGCUAUGGUGUCCUUGCAAGCAGCCCUUUCCCUGGAGGAAAACUUAUGCCUCAACCUCGAGACCCAGCUAUCGAAGAAAAGGAAGAGGGAGGACGGCGACUUCUUUGCAAAGGAGCCCGACUUGUUAAAGUCCAAUGAUCCGAAACCCGACCUCGAGCUCCACCUUGACACUCCCUCGCCCUUGGAAUGGCAACGAUGCCUUGAUAUCCAGUCAGGUGGCCAGAUACACUUCUACAACACCAUGACAAACAAAAGGGCCUCCAAGAAUCCUAGAGGAAGCUCGGAGCCACCGACUUCAUGCCCAAGCCUGGACCUUGAGCUCAAUAACCUCACGUUUGAGCCCCCGAGAAGCCACAUCAAUGGAGAAGAGAGAGCAAAGCAGGACUCUUGCGGCAGCUGGUGCAAUUCCAAGGAUAGUUCUGGCAGGAUGUUGAAGUCCUUGUCCUGGUUCUCUUUUGAUGCCGAUCAGCCGGCCGAGAUGGUUGCUGCUGUGUGCAUGCGGUGCCACAUGCUGGUCGUGAUGUGCAAGGCCACUCUAACGUGCCCGAGUUGCAAAUUUGUGCACCCACCAAACCGCAGCUCGUCCGCGUUGGUUAAGCCGGGGUUUGAGCUUUUACUUUGCGAGGAUUAAGGAUUAAGAGAGGGAGUUCAUGGCAGAUGAUGACCAUCAAAGAACCGACUGUUAAUUUGAUGUCAUGGCCUUCGUCUACCUCUCGGUUUCCUUGGCACACCUUCCCAUUGGAAUAUAAUUUAAAGUAAGGUUGAUAAGAGGAUCAAGAUAUAUAUAUCCAAGUAUCCAAACACAAAUUAACUUGUUUAGUGCCAAGUUUAGGUAUCAAGUAUUGUCUGUGUAAUAUAUUCACCUUCCACUUCCAAGUAUUAGAUGGUUGUCGCUGAAAACAAUGUCCAUGUAAGGUUAUUAUUCUGACAUGAAGGAAGCAAGACUGGUAGCUUUUUAUGCUUUUUUUUGACUGGUAAUAGAUGGCUUGCCUCGUUCUUUCCAA